CCAAUCUCAAAGUAUUAAAACACAAAGCCUCAAUUUAUUUAUUCCUCCAUUCCCAUUCUAUCCUAUUCAUUCCUGUGCUUCCCACUGCCCCAGCUUGGUCUACCAUGGCUCCUCUUUGGUUCUACUCUUUCAUCAUGCUCUGCAUCUUUUCAAUCUCCGCUCUUCCUCACUCUCUCAAUACCUCUCAACAGCAACAAUUGCUCCUGCAAUUCAAAACGGCUAUUUCCAACAACAACAGCUCUUCACUGCAAGAAUGGACUCCCCUUCACCCCCUCUGUAAUUGGUCUGGCGUUACCUGCGAUCCCUCUUUCCACUCCGUCGUCGCCCUCAACUUAUCCGACAUGAACUUACACGGCACCAUCUCUCCUCUGCUCGGGAAUCUCUCCUCUCUUCAAUCCCUCGAUCUCUCCAACAAUGCCCUCACUUCUACCAUUCCACCUCAACUCGCACAACUCACCCAUCUGCAGGUACUCUGGCUACACCGCAAUCAAUUGCAAGGAACCAUUCCGCCCACUCUCUCCGCUUGCCACAGUUUGUAUGAUCUGGCACUCUCCUUUAACCAACUCCAUGGCAGCAUUCCGCCUGAGCUGAGUCUCCUUACAAGAUUGAAGUUCCUCUACUUAGGACAAAACAAUCUCACAGGUGUUAUUCCCCCUUCUUUCAAAAAUCUGUCCACUUUAGUUGAAUUGUAUGUGGGAGGAAAUGGUAUCACAGGCACCAUUCCCAGCUCUUUAGGAAAUCUGUCUUCCUUGACCAAUUUAGAUUUGGCAGAAAACGAUCUUCAUGGCCCCAUUCCCCCUGAAUUGGGCAUGCUCACUCACCUGCAGAUACUUUACCUUUCUACAAAUAACUUAUCAGGCACCAUUCCCAGCUCUUUAGGAAAUCUGUCUUCCUUGACCGAUUUAGAAUUGGCAGAAAAUGAUCUUCAUGGCCCCAUUCCCCCUGAAUUGGGCAUGCUCACUCACCUGCAGAUACUUCACCUUUUUACAAAUAACUUAUCAGGCACCAUUCCCAGCUCUUUAGGAAACCUGUCUUCCUUGACCGAAUUAGAAUUGGCAGAAAAUGAUCUUCAUGGCCCCAUUCCCCCUGAAUUGGGCAUGCUCACUCACCUGCAGAGACUUGACCUUUAUACAAAUAAUUUAUCAGGCACCAUUCCCGGCUCUUUAGCAAAACUCUCGAAAUUGACAAUAUUAGCUCUAUCUGAAAACCAGCUCAGUGGACAUAUUCCACGCGAAAUUGGCACCAAGCUCUCAAAUUUGCAAUAUCUCAGUUUAUGCGGAAAUCAGCUUAGUGGAAAAAUACCAAAGUCCCUUGGAAAUUGUUCCAACCUCACAGAGCUUUUUUUAGCUGAAAACCAGCUCAGUGGAAUGGUGCCAAUGGAGCUGGGCAAGUUGAACCUCCUUACCCGGCUUAACCUACGUGCCAAUCAACUUGUUAGUGAUAGCAGCAACACAUUGUCUUUUCUAACUUCUCUUACAAAUUGCUCCCACUUGGAAGAAAUAGUAGUGUCUAAUAAUCAUCUCACUGGUAUAUUGCCUCCAUCCAUAGGCAAACUGUCAUCCAAUCUCCAAAAAUUGAUAUUAUCAAACAACAUGAUAAGCGGAAGCAUACCACAACAGAUUGCCAAUCUAAUUAACUUAACAUACUUGAGGUUAAGCGAUAAUCUUUUGAGUGGCAAUAUUCCAUCUGGAAUUAAAAGAUUCCAGAAGUUGGAAAGAUUGUAUUUGGGUGGGAACAAAUUAGAAGGAAGCAUUCCAAGUGAUGUAGGCCAAAUGCAACAUCUCGGACUCCUAAAUCUUAGUCACAACUGGCUAUCUGGAAAAAUGCCUGAUUCUCUUUGUAGCCCCCAACAGCUAAGACGUCUUUUACUUCAGCAUAACAACUUGUCAGGCGAGAUCCCUGCUGUUUUAGCAGGAUGUCAAAAUUUAGAGCUCAUUGACUUAUCUUACAAUAAAUUAGGUGGAAGGAUACCUCCUGAUUUCAUUGCCAGCCUCAAAAAUCUGGUUUUCUACCUCAACCUUUCGUGGAAUUCUCUGGAAGGGUCUUUGCCACUAGAGAUGAGUAAAAUUGCAAUGGCUCAAGCCAUAGACAUCUCUGGAAAUCGGCUUACUGGGCUGAUUCCGAUUUCUCUUGGAGACUGCACAGCAUUAGAGCAUCUAAAUCUUUCCCACAAUGCCUUUGAAGGUGCAAUUCCAGAUUCGCUCUCCAAAUUACAAAAUCUCCUAGAAAUGGAUCUUUCUACCAAUUCUUUAUCAGGUUCAAUACCAAUGUCCCUUGAAAGACUAAAAGUACUUCAAUACAUGAAUGUUGCAUUCAAUAAUUUGUCGGGGCAGAUUCCAAAAGGAGGGUUGUUUCCAAAUAGAACUGUUAUAGAAUUGUUUAUGGGAAACCCUGGCCUCUGUGGACCAGCGAAUUAUUCAUUGUCUCCAUGCCCAAAGAAGAGUCAAGAAAAGCAUUCACUGCUUAAAAAAUUAGUCUUAUCAGUUGUUGCGUUUAUAUUGUGCUCCUUCCUCUUACUAAUUUUAUGGAGAUAUAAACUUUCAAGCCAACUAUUCCAUCCCUCAAACUUUAUUUUUCGAAGGCUUAGCUAUCCAAAAUUUUCUUAUCAAGAUCUUGUCACAGCAACAGCCGAAUUUGAUGAGUCAAACUUGCUUGGAGUGGGUAACUUCGGAUCAGUCUACAAAGGAAUUUUGAGGGAUGGUAAGAUAGUUGCAAUCAAGGCUCUUAAUUUGCAGAAUGAAGAAGCUCAUAAGAGCUUCGACACAGAAUGCAAAGUAUUAGGGAGGAUUCGGCACCGUAACCUGAUCAAAAUCAUAAGUGCAUUUUCCUACUCUGGCUUCAAAGGUCUGGUUCUUCAAUUUGCAUCUAAUGGGAGCUUGGAGAAACAUUUGCACCCUGACAGAGAUGAUCAGGAAUUUUGUAAAUUGGGAUUGGAGGACUGUUUGAGCAUUGCUGUGGAUGUUGCCCAUGGCAUGGAGUAUUUACAUCAUGAUUGUCCUUUGCAAAUUGUGCACUGUGAUUUAAAACCUAGCAAUGUGCUCCUGGACGCCAACAUGACGGCCCUUGUGACUGAUUUUGGUAUAUGCCGUUUGAUUACUCCAAAUUCCAUAGAUUCAUUUAGUGCUGCAACAUUUGCACUCAAAGGAUCUAUUGGCUAUAUUGCUCCAGAGUAUGGACUGUGGGGGGGUGUUUCCACAAAGGGAGAUGUUUACAGCUAUGGAAUUCUGAUACUAGAGAUGGUUACAAGGAAGAGGCCAAGUGAUGACAUGUUUGUGGGAGACAUGAACUUGCAGAAGUGGGUAAGGUCAGCUUUUCCAGACAGACUAGCAGAUAUUGUUCAUAGUGGGCUAUUGAGAGAUAUGAAUGAAAGCAUGGAAGACAAUAGAUGUCUUCUUUCUUUCAUUCAUGUUGGUUUGCAUUGUAGCAGUGAAUCACCAAGAGAACGACCUUCCAUGAGAGAUGUAGCCAGGUUCUUGGAGAGUCUCAAGACAUCUUCCAUGGGGGGUGUAGUUGCUUCAAAUUUAACAGCCACCAUAUCAGACCUCCUGCGCAAUACCAAUCGCGCAGAAACAUUGGCAUCUGACAGUCAAAGUUCUACAUUUUAGAUAUUUAUAAGCUCAAUUAGUAAGUUUUAGUCCUUUUAUGUUUGGUAGUUUCAAGUUUGUUUCUUUCAAUGUAAAAUCUUUCCUAGGAUAAAUUCUAGUUCUUUCGAGUC